AUGAUUAAACCACCAACGCAGUUUGGCACAAUUUCAAAUCGUAAUGUUCAUCCAUACCAAACAACAGUAGUUCCGCGUAGUGAACAACAAUUUGCGACGGCAUCUAGGCUCAGGGCUAAGUACCCCUGGGCUGAGGACAUUAAUGCGUCAGUGUAUACAAGCACCGAACGAUCUACCCCAGAGCACCAGUAUCAUGUACUGCAAUACAAAGAAAUAGCACCACCCUCCCCAGUAUACCAUUCACCAUGUGAAAGUGGCACUUGGAAUGAAUACUGGAGAGGUGAGAGAAGAACCACUACAAACAAUGUUCCAACUUGUGCAUCCUCAUUUUCAUUGCCACUACAGGAGAUGCACCCACCAAUGGAUUUACCAAUUGCCUCACUGGCAUCUGUAAGCCCCGAAGUUCCUAUCAUCGGAGCAUGCGGAGGCCACUGUCCUGGGUUUGAAUAUGUCUGCUAUUACAUUUUACAGGUCAUUUUUGUGGUGGGGAUAUUGACUGGCAUCUCCCUAUGUAUAGCUGGUAUAGUAUUAAGAAAAACAAAUCGCAAUGGUGAUCUUGGUGUAUUAGUUUAUAUUGGCUGCCUUUCAUCAUGUGUCUGUGGAGUAUUAUUAGGGGUUCAGUGCUGUGUUCGUAGAGAAAUAAGACAACGCAAACUGAGAACCAAUAUGCACAUUCCUAUGCAUCAGAUACAAGAAGUAUCUGCACCAAUACGUCCGUUAAUGCCAUCCACGUUACCUCGUAGUCAUAUUUAUAGGCCUACAACAUUAUCUCAAGAUGAUGAAAUUCUUGGAGUUCCUUGGUGGCGUCGUACAAACAGAGACUGA